UUUUUUGAUGAUAUUCAUGUUAUGGGUAUUGGAAUUAUUUUGGGCUACAAAUAAAUGCACCAUCCCAUUUAAGCUCCAAGACAAAAAAAACCUCAUCUAGUUCCUGGCCUGCCAUAACCAUUCAAAAUUAUCAUUCUUUUUUUUUUUUUUAAAUCUGCAUUAUCUUCUUUCCAAACCAGGUACGGCUGGCACCAAACGUUCCCCAGGUCAAGCGUCAACUGUUAAGUGCUUUGUUCUUUUGCGUAGACUUGAGCGUUUACUCUCACAGGCGGCUUCGUGGCAACUGCUACAAUCCAUGAGAACUACGAAUCCUACUCUACUUUUGAUUUCUAUUUUGGCUCUGUAGAAUUUAAUUCCAUGAAGACCAUACUUCGUCUUCUUCAUCCAAACAUGAGCUUCAAUCAUACAACUUCCGCUUCAUCAUCAAGGACCUUCUUCUUCCUCUGUUUGCCCCUGCUUUUCCCUUCCAUUCUUGCUUCUUCUUACACCCCCGAUGAACUUCUAAGCAUCAACUGUGGCAACACCGGCAUCUCAUCGGGAAAUGAUCGGACAUGGACCGGAGACGUCGACACUAAGUUCUUAUCAAAACAAGACGGAUCAGUUGCAGCUACAGCACUUACUCAAUCUUCUUCUGCUUCACAGGUCCCUUACACCACAGCUCGUCUCUCUCGCUCUCAAUUCUCCUAUUCAUUCCCUGUCUCUCCAGGCCAGAAAUUCCUCCGCAUCUUCUUCUACCCAGCUUCAUACCCAGGUUUUGAUCGUUUUGAUGCCUUCUUCACAGUCAAAUCUGGUGACUUCACGCUCCUUAAGGACUACAAUGCUUCACUCACCGCCGAUGCCAACAGAAAAGAUACCAUCCUCAUGGAAUAUUGCAUCAACGUCGGCGAUGGUGAGAGGCUUAACUUAACUUUCACUCCAAAUUCAACAAAAUCAGACUUUUAUGCAUUUGUUAACGGAAUUGAGAUCGUCUCCAUGCCCGAGGAUCUCUAUUACACCAAACCAGACGACCUAGGAUUCAAAUUUAUUGGUUCGGUGGGCAUGUUUAACAUCUCCGACAAUACUGCUCUUCAGCUAAAGUUCAGGUUAAACGUCGGUGGAGGCCUAAUUUCUGCCAUGCAAGACACCGGAAUGCUCCGAUCUUGGGAUGGCGAUGACAGUUUCGUCAUCGGAAGUUUUUUUCUACCUACUGAUAUUCAGUUUGAGAGAAGACCCCUGGUGUUCAGUCAAGUUCCAAAUUACACAGCUCCUGAGCAAGUCUAUCGAACAGAACGCGAUAUGGGAAAGAACAAAACUGUGAACGUGAAUACUAAUCUCACCUGGGUGUUUCCUGUCGAUUCAGGCUUUACCUACAUGCUGAGACUCCAUUUUUGUGAGCUUAAUCCGGAUAUCAACAUUUCCUAUAACAGACAAUUCAACAUUUACAUAGCUGACCAGUUGGCCGAGGAUGGUGCAAAUGUUUUGAAUUGGGGCAAAGGAAAAGGUGUUCCUGUAUAUAGAGACUAUGCCGUCGUUGUUUCAGGUUAUGCAAAGUCAGCUUCUCUGUCGCUCAAAAUGCAUCCUACAGAGAAAACGUUGGACUUCAACGAGUAUAGUGAUGCAUUCUUGAAUGGACUUGAGAUUUUCAAGAUUAGUGAUUCACAAAAUAAUCUCGCCGGACCUAACCCCGGUCCUCUUCCACCAUCUCCGGCUAAUCCAAAUGAUCUGCACCAGAAAAAUACACGAAAAAGCAGCCGCAAGAUUGUAAUUGGGGUUAUCGUUGGUGUUGCAGCUUCCGUCCUCGUUCUGAUUUCCAGUAUAGCAUUCUUCCUCUUCAAUCGUGGAAAGAAGGCCAGUAAAUCUGGCAAGUCCAGCAUCGGAACUUCCAAGUGGGCUCCGUUCUCGUUCGCCACAACAAAAUCAGGGAACACCCCCUCUAAUGCCUCAUCUCUUCCGAUGGAACUGUGCCGUCACUUUUCCAUCGCCGAGAUCAGAGCUGCCACCAACAACUUCGACGAGCUUUUCAAAGUCGGAGUCGGCGGCUUCGGCAACGUCUACAAAGGGUACAUCGACGGCGGCCUCACUCCGGUCGCAAUCAAGCGGCUCAAACCGGGUUCACAGCAGGGGGUCCACGAGUUCAAGACCGAAAUAGAAAUGCUCUCGCAGCUUCGUCACUCCCAUCUAGUCUCUCUCAUAGGUUACUGCUACGAAAGCAACGAGAUGAUCUUAGUCUACGAUUUCAUGGCUCGUGGGACCCUCCGUAGCCAUCUGUACAGCACUGAUAAUCCAGCUCUUCCGUGGAAGCGACGUCUCCAGAUCUGCAUCGGCGCAGCACGAGGACUGCAUUACCUCCAUACAGGCGCGAAGCACAUGAUCAUUCACCGCGACGUGAAGACCACGAACAUCUUGAUAGACGACAGAUGGGAGGCCAAGGUUUCAGACUUCGGGUUGUCCAGAAUCGGGCCCACUGGGCUCAAGGCCCAUGUGAGCACAGUGGUAAAAGGAAGCAUAGGAUAUCUUGACCCGGAAUACUACAAACGACAGCAUUUAACGGAGAAAUCCGACGUGUACUCCUUUGGAGUAGUCCUCUUUGAGGUACUGUGUGGUCGCCCGCCUAUAAUCCGUAUCGCCGAUAAAAAACAGGUGUUGCUAUCUGAUUGGGCAAUGAAAUGCUUCCAAACAGGAAACCUAGGUCAUAUAGUGGAUCCAGCUUUGAAAGGGACGAUAGCACCGGAGUGCUUGAGAAAGUUUGGAGAGAUAGGAGUGAGCUGUUUGCUUGACGACGCAACGCAGAGGCCAACGAUGAACGACGUCGUUUGGGGGCUGGAGUUUGCUCUGCAGCUGCAAGAGAAUGUAGAGAAGAUGAGAGGAAGAGAAGGAGAAGAUGAUGAUGAAGGAGGCAAGAAGAAGACGACGAGUGGAGAAGAUAGUGAUAGCAUGUUUAGUGGUAGUAACAGUGUUGAGGUGGUUUCGGACUUCAAUAAGAGUAGUGAAGUGAGCAUGACAAGCAGUACUGAAGAUCGUUGUAAUAAGGAUACUUCUAGGUUCCUGGAUAGUUCUGUUUUCUCUGAGAUUUUAGACCCAAAGGCACGAUGAAGAUGAAGAUGAUGAUGAUUGAUGAGUUGGAGAAAACUUAAUUACGAGACUACAAGAGCAAGAGAACUGGUGGAUAAUGAUGAGCCAAAAGAAAGAAAAAGUAUGUUGGAUCUUAAUUAAGUAUAUUAUUGUUAAUGACAGUUUAUAGUGUGAAGCUCAUCUUAAGCUUGUGUAUAUUGAUGUGAUGAGUUUUAUUAUCAACAACUUUACAGGGAAUAUGUAUAUAUAACAAAAACAAAUAAGAAACUUUAUAGAGAAUAUACAUUAUUGCUCGUCCUUAA